AUGCCGCCAAAAGCUGAAAAGAAACCUGCUUCAACUGCUAGCAAGGCACCCGCCUCUAAAGCCCCUGCUGAAAAGAAAGAAAAAAAACAGGCAGGAGAAAAAGGUAAAAAGAAGAAGGUUAGAAAAGAGACCUAUUCCAGCUACAUCUAUAAGGUGCUCAAGCAGGUCCACCCAGACACCGGCAUUUCAAACAAGGCGAUGUCGAUCCUAAACUCAUUCGUAAAUGAUAUCUUCGAACGCAUUGCAACCGAAGCUUCCAAGCUCGCUGCCUACAACAAAAAAUCCACUAUCUCGUCUAGGGAAAUUCAAACGGCCGUUCGUCUUAUUCUUCCAGGAGAACUAGCGAAACACGCGGUUUCUGAAGGUACUAAAGCCGUCACUAAAUACACCAGUUCUAAGUAG